AUGCGUUCUGCAGACCUCACCACCCUCUGCAUAGCCCUGCGGUUGCGGGCGGUGCAGUUGCCGUACCAGGCGGUGAUGCAGCCAGAACAUCAGCCCCCCUACAUCAUAGCUGUCCUACCUCGCUAUGUCGAGAUCAGGACCUUUGAACCCAGACUGCUGGUCCAGAGUGUGGAGCUGCAGAGACCACGAUUCAUCACCUCAGCUGGGCCUAAUAUAGUGUACGUUGCCAGCAACCAUUUUGUCUGGCGCCUGGUGCCUGUGUCCAUCGCCAGUCAGAUCAGACAGUUACUACAGGACAAGCAGUUUGAACUGGCCCUGCAACUGGCGAAUAUGAAGGAUGAUGUGGAAGGAGAUAAGAGACAGCAGAUUCACCACAUCCAGAAUCUCUAUGCCUUCAAUCUGUUCUGUCAGAAGAGGUUCGAUGACUCCAUGCAGGUGUUCGCUAAGCUCGGCACAGAUCCCACACAUGUGAUUGGUCUGUAUCCUGACCUGCUCCCCGCUGACUACCGUAAACAGCUGCACUACCCCAACCCCCUGCCCAGUCUGUCUGGAGCAGAACUGGAGAAGGCUCACCUGGCGCUCAUAGACUACCUGACACAGAAACGCAGCCACCUGGUGAAGCAGCUGAACGACUCCGAGCCGUCCACCCCGUCGCCCCUCAUGGAAGGGACUCCCACCAUCAAGAGCAGGAAGAAACUCUUGCAGAUCAUCGACACCACGCUGCUCAAAUGCUACCUGCAUACCAACGUGGCCCUGGUGUCCCCUCUGUUGCGUCUGGAUAAUAACCACUGUCACAUUGAGGAGAGUGAGUACAUCCUGAAGAAGGCCCACAAGUACAGCGAGCUCAUCAUCCUCUAUGAGAAGAAGGGCCUGCAUCAGAAAGCCCUACAGGUGUUGUUGGACCAGUCCACCAAGGCUAACUCUCCCCUAAAGGGGCAUGAGAGGACUGUGCAGUACCUCCAGAGACUGGGGAUGGAGAAUCUAGGCAUCAUCUUUGAGUUCUCUCCCUGGGUGUUGAAGAUCUGUCCUGAAGACGGACUGAAGAUCUUCACUGAGGACCUGACGGAGGUGGAGACCCUGCCCAGAGACAAGGUUCUGAACUUCCUGAAGGAGGGCUUUAAGGAGCUGACUAUCCCCUACCUGGAGCACAUCGUACACGUCUGGGAGGAGACGGAGCCAGAGUUCCAUAACGUCCUCAUUCAGCUGUACCUGGAGAGGGUCCAGGGGCUCAUGAAGCAGUACCUCAACUCCCUGCCCGAGGGGGUUCCUGCAGUGGCUGCUGGGAAGGAGGAGGGGGACCUGGGAGAGUUCAGGAGCAAGCUAGUGUGUUUCCUGGAGGUCUCUACCAGCUACGAACCAGGCCGACUCAUCUCUGACUUCCCCUUCGAUGGUCUUCUGGAGGAGCGGGCCCUGCUGCUGGGUCGGAUGGGGAAACACGAACAGGCCCUCUUCAUCUACGUACACGUCCUGAAGGACACACACAUGGCCAAGGAGUACUGUCACCGGCAUUAUGACAAAGACACGGACAGAAACAAAGAUGUGUACCUGUCUCUGCUGCGCAUGUAUUUGUCCCCUCCUGAUGUCCACUGCCUUGGACCAAUCAAAAUGGAGCUGUCGGAGCCACAGACCAAUCUAAAGGCAGCUCUACAUGUCCUGGAGCUGCACCACAGCAAGCUGAAUACCGCUAAGGCCAUCGACCUGCUGCCAGCCAAUACUCAGAUCAGACAGAUCCGUGUGUUCCUGGAGAGUGUUCUGGAGGAGAAGGCCCAGAGGAAACGCUUUGACCAGGUGCUCAAGAGUCUGCUGCAGGCCGAGUUCCUACGGGUCCAGGAGGAGCGUAUCUUCCACCAGCAGGUCAAGUGUACCAUCUCAGAAGAGAAGACCUGCCGGGUCUGUAAGAAGAAGAUAGGCAACAGCGCCUUCGCCAGGUAUCCCAACGGUGUCGUCGUUCAUUACUUCUGCUGUAAGGACCGAGGGGUGUGUCCUAUUGAGCAGUGACACCAAAAUAGUGUCCUCUUGUGGACGACAUGUUCCUUAGCGGCACCCUGGACGGAGGGAGCUGGGUUUGUCUGAAACACUUCCACAGCAGCUUGGCUGUUCAGCUGGACUCAUCUCUGGAACUCUGGAUCUCUAGAUCUCUGGAUCUCUGGAACUCUGGAUCUCUGGAACUCUGGAACUCUGGAUCUCUGGAACUCUGGAUCUCUGGAACUCUGGAUCUCUGGAACUCUGGAUCUCUGGCUGCUUCUGUCUGGAAUUGUGGAAUGCUGUUCCUCUCCCUCCCGAUCUCGCUGUCUCUCUCUGACUCUCGCUGUCUCUGUCUUUCUCUCUGAUUCUGUCUCUCUGACUCUCUCUCUGAUUCUGUCUCUCUGACUCUCUCUCUGUCUCUCUCUGACUCUCUCUGACUCUCGCUGUCUCUCUCUGACUCUCGCUGUCUCUCUCUGACUCUCUCUGACUCUCGCUGUCUCUCUCUGACUCUCGCUGUCUCUCUGACUCUCUGACUCUCGCUGUCUCUGUCUUUCUCUCUGAUUCUAUCUCUCUGACUCUCUCUCUGAUUCUGUCUCUCUGACUCUCUCUCUGACUCUCUCUGACUCUCGCUGUCUCUCUCUCUCUCUCUCUGUCUCUCUCUGUCUCUCUCUGUCUCUCUCUCUCUCUGACUCUUGCUGACUCUCUGUCUAUCUAAUAUUCGGAUAAUCUUUAUUAGCAUGAAUGACUAAGCCACUUAUGCUAAAGCGAAGUGAGAUAAUGUAAUCAAAAAUAACAGUUAAAAAAAAAGUAUGAAUAUUGAUGGUGAUUAGAUAAAGGAGACUAAUAUAUAUAUUAUACACAAUCAUUCAGAAUUUUGGGGUCACUUAGAAAUAUCCUGGUUUUUGAAAGAAAAGCUCAUUUUUUUGUCCAUUAAAAUAACAUCAAAUUAAUCAGAAAUACAGUGUAGACAUUGUUAAUGUUGUAAAUGACUGUUGUAGCUGGAAACGGCUGAUCUUUAAUGGAAUAUCUACAUAGGCGUACAGAGGCCCAUUAUCAGCAACCAUCACUCCUGUGUUCCAAUGGCGCGUUGUGUUAGCUAAUCCAAGGUUAUCAUUUUAAAAGACAAACGCCCUUCACAGAACAGUGUAAACUGGGCCUCUUUACGUCAAUGAAGAUAUUCCAUUAAAACUCAGCCUUGCCUCGUUUCCUCAUCUACUCAUCUCAUCUCAUCCUCAACACGCUAUUGGCUAUACAUAGAGGAGGAGAGUUAAGCUGAUGGUGUGUGUGUGUGUGUGUGUGUGUGUGUGUGUGUGUGUGUGUGUGUGUGUGUACUUAAAAGCAUCCCUUUGCUUUUCACUUUUCAUGUUGUUCUCAGUGACCCGUUUGUUUCUAAGGAAAUGGUUGAAAACCACUCCAGAUUAUAAUGUAACGACUAAACUUCUAAUAUGGUUCGAUGUGCACAAACAAGUUCUUUUGUUGUUCUUUUUUUUAAAUAUCUCAGUUGCCUCAAUAUAAACCCUUCUGUCUUCACAUA